GGCCGGGCCGUACCGUCGCCAGGCAACCCCGGCCGUGCAGCCGGCGGCUCGUCGCCGUCCGCCGCAGUCAGUAGCGCGGCAAGCGGCCGCCAGCAGCCGGCAUCGGCCGACACCGCCCGUCUCCACACCUCCUCCGGUUGCAAUGGUAAACUGGAACGUAAGCCAUUCCCAUUACAUCUCCUCCUAAUUAUCCAGUGAGCACUUUGAAGGAUUUCUUUGAUAUGCCAGUUGAGAGAGUGACCAUGUGUAUUGUGGAGAGAUUACUUAAGCCAUUUACAGGUGGAUAAAGGAAGAUGUACAGCACAUUUAGUCCCCCAAAAGAGCCCGGCCCCAGCCUCUCUGAUGUGCACCAAUAUGGUCAAUGGUUAGCAAGCAGGCAUGAAGCUAGUUUAUUACCAAUGAAGGAGGACUUGGCUCUUUGGCUGACAAAUUUAUUAGGGAAAGAGAUUACUGCGGAAAGCUUUAUGGGAAAGCUGGAUAACGGAGCACUUCUCUGCCAACUUGCCCAAACAUUGCAAGAAAAGUUCAAAGAAAACAACAGUGAAAACAAAGUUGCCAAGAGACUGCUUCUGAAGAAGAUUCCUUGUCGAGCAAAUGCCCCUCCAGGUUCAUUCUUUGCCCGUGACAACACUGCCAACUUCCUCUCCUGGUGUCGGGAAGUGGGAGUGGAUGAUACUUGCCUUUUUGAAUCCGAAGGUUUGGUCCUUCACAAACAACCCAGAGAGGUGUGCCUGUGCUUACUGGAGCUGGGGAGAAUAGCUUGCAGGUUUGGAGUCGAACCUUCAGGACUGGUCAAAUUAGAAAAAGAAAUUGAACAGGAAGAGUCGCAUUCUACACCACCCCCCUCUCCAUCUCCGACUAAAUCCCCUGGGAAGAAGAGUGCAGGGAAGCUGCUCGAUGAUGCUGUGAAACAUAUUUCAGAAGAUCCUCCUUGCAAAUGUCCACAGAAGUUUUAUGUCGAGCGACUUUCUCAGGGACGGUAUCGUGUUGGAGAAAAGAUUCUCUUCAUUCGGAUGCUGCACAACAAGCACGUGAUGGUGCGUGUAGGAGGGGGCUGGGAGACCUUUGAAGGCUACCUGCUGAAGCACGACCCCUGCCGGAUGCUGCAGAUCUCCAGGGUGGACGGCAAGACCUCUCCUGUCCCCAACAAGUCUCUGCCCAUCAAAGAUCCAAGCCCUGAUAGCUACCUGGUGGUGGCUGCCCACUACAGGAGCAGAAGAGAGAAUGCAAGUCACAAUAGUGGUAACUGGGGAACAAAAUGAUGGCAGAGUAUUUACCAUGCCAUCUCAACUAACACCAAAUAUCAAAAGUACCACGUACUACCCUUCCAAACCGAGCAGUCCCACAGUCAUUCUCCCCAAUCACCCGAGACGGGAUUUUUGGUGAAACUAGAAAGAACCAAAAAAUGCAGAUAAUAAGACGGGAAAAAAAAAUCUCGCGACAAAGUUGUAGUAGAUUUAGAGACAGUGAUCGGCACUUUAACGACUUGAACAAUUUUACUUCACUGGUUUAAAUCCCAGUGUGGAGAAAUUCAAAGUGGUAAGAUUGGAACUGUGCCUAUUUUGAUUACACAUUGCUUGACUAUCAUACUUCCUGCCUUGUUAAGAAAAAGAAAAGCUUAGUGUUAAACAUAAUAUUACUGAUAUUCCUGUACCACUGACAGACCAAAUGGGCUGCACUGGUCUGAAUGUCUACACAUUCCCAAGCAGCUUUAACUGCACUAACUCCACUCUGCCAUCCAUACCAACAUUCCCUUAAACUAUUGGGAUUUGACUCCCAAUAUUGAGCAUUCCAAAUUCACAGUAGUUGACGGAUUCAUAAGUGAUAGGAGCAGAAUUAGGCCAUUCGGCCCAUCAAGUCUACUCCACCAUUCAAUCAUGGCUGAUCUAUCUCUCCCUCCUAACCCCAUUCUCCUGCCUUCACCCCAUAAUCCCUGACAUCCGUACUAAUCAAGAAUCUGGGGCACUUAUUGUGGAUGAUCAGCCAUGAUCACAUUGAAUGGCGGUGCUGGCUCGAAUGGCCUACUCCUGCACCUAUUGCCUAUUGUCUAUAGUCUAUUGUCUAUCUAUCUCUGCCUUAAAAAUAUCCAUGGCCUCCACAGACUUCUGUGUUAAGGAAUUCCACAGAUUGACCACCGUCUGGCUAACCAAUUGCUUCUAUAUCUAAUUUCUAAUUGUCCUACUAGUUUUGCAACUAUUAAUUCAUAAGCAGCUGAAUUUGUCAUUUUAUUCUGACAGUAAGUGGAAGCUGGUGAUUUAAUAACCUGGCAUUGUCCAAGAUUCCAGGAUAUAUAUAUAUGAAAAAUAAUCUCUGCAGGGAGUAGCAGAAUACUGUCAGUCCUAGUUCUAUAAAUACCAAACUUGCAGCCGAUACAUAGCCUAUAACAGAGAGGACCACAGCUUUCUGUGGCAAUGAAUUCCACAGGUUCACCACCCUCUGACUAAAGAUUAUUUUCGCCAGGCAACUAACACUUGGUAUUAUCCGUCUUUAUUGUAGUUGUAACGUUAUCCCAGUGGUCCAAUGCAAUUUAUUCUGCUUUCCAUUAUUUUAUCAGUUGUGAAAUUUGCACAUUGUGUGCCUUGUAAAAACCACUCUCCUAACAACACGUUGUUUCAAAAGCAUCAGAUUGCAUAAAGAACUAGUUUCAACCAGGCAGAAUCCUGGUUUUAAGAAGGAUUUAAGAAGGAACUGCAGAUGCUGGAAAAUCGAAGGUAGACAAAAAUGCUGGAGAAACUCAGCGGAGCGAGGGAAAUAGGCAACGUUUCGGCCCCUCGCUCCAUAGAUGCUGCUGCACCCGCUGAGUUUCUCCAGCAUUUAUGUCUACCAUCCUUAAAAGGAUGAUGAGUGACUGAAUGUUUGGUUGCUCAUAGUUUCAAAACAUUGAAAGCAAUGUUGCUUCAGUUGCAGUAGUAACAUUGCUAUGUCUUGGCCUCCCCACCACUUUCCCUGCUCUCUCCCGAUAUCUCUUGCCCCCCUUGUAGGGAAUCUAUAGAUUCAUUUCAACAACACUCAAAGAUAAAA